AUGAAGGUGACACAGGUCAACGUACGCCUUGCUCUCAGACUCCUCAAUUCCUGUUUUCCCUGUCUCUCUCUCCUCUUUUGUGUCCAGGGAAAGAUUCCAUUGCUGGCAGCAUUCUUACUCUUGGCUGCAAGCCACUGUGCCAGCCACAGGAGCAGCACAGGCGGCAGCAACCUGGCCUGCCGCCCAGUCAAUGUCACCAUCGCAGCAGAGAAAGACGACUGCCCUGUCUGCAUGCCCAUCACCACCACCAUCUGUAGUGGCUACUGUGAGACCAGGGAGAUGUUGUUGAAGGACGAGAGGAUAGUCUUCCACCAGAGAGUCUGUACCUACAGGGAGGUACGUUACGAGACUGUGCUCUUGCGGGAAUGCCCAUCCGGUGUGGAUCCAUCCUUCACAUAUCCUGUGGCUCUCAGCUGCCACUGUGAUCUCUGUAAGAUGGACUCUAGCGACUGCACUGUCCAGAGCACCGGGCCCAACUCCUGUAGCAACCAAGGCCUCUUUGUCUAA